AUGAAAGCUGGAGCGUCAUCAUCACAGACUCCUCCACCAGUUCUUCAUGAAGACGGGAGUAACGAACUGACUCAAGAUGUGUUGUCGCAAGAAGAAGACCGAUUCGCGCCUUUAGGAAUCUCAAUCGAAGAUAUCGAUCCUUUGUUAGAUCAUAAAGGACGAAUUGGAGGCGAUAAGAGUUUGAGUGCGAUCAAAACCGUGAACGACAUGCUGAACUCAUGCGGUCUAUUUAACAGUAACGUCACAAUUCUGAUCCCUCGAGCCGACCAGCGCCCCUGGAACCCGCCGGAAGGGUACAUAUGCUUGUACGAGGGUUAUUUUACUGAAUGUCGCCUCCUAUUCCCAAUCCCAGCAUUGAUAUCACUCUACGCCCAAAGACGCAGGAUAGCGAUCUGCCAAUUUGUUCCUGGAGCCAUUUGUAACUUCAUGGCUGCCCUUACCAUAGCAGCCGAAGUCGGAGUUAACAUUGGAGUUCAAUGCUUUGAGCAACUGUCCAACUUCAAGUCAUCAAAGAGUCCGCAUCGUUGGGAAGUGAAUAUGAGACCGGCGCACAAUUUCCUUGCUGGUCAAAGAGUUUCCAAAUUCAAGAAGUGGGUGAACCACUACUUUUAUGUCCGCGUCGAUCAGUACUCGCUCGUCAAUCCAUUGGGUUUCCAUCGGAGAGUGUGGAAUGAAAAUCCUGAUCGUCCAUUUUGCGCAACACGUCUAGCUCCGGACUAUCACCCUGUCAGGAACGCUCUGCUAUCCGGGAACAAUCAUCGGUGGGAAUUUAUUACCCGUAUCCGUGUUGAAAAAGCGAUGGGCAAACCCAUGACAACAUUCCCAAGUUUCGCGAGUUCGCUAGGACGAACUGCGGAGCCAGCUGGGUCACGUGUCAUCGCAUCCGAUAGUCUCCAGGUCGUUCGCCGAGAAACCCAGGCUACCAUCGAAGCCGACAUCAAUCCUCCUCAGGACAGGUCUGACGUUGAUCCUGUUCAGGAUCGGACCGUCAUCGAGCCCACUCGGGCUUCCGAAGAAAACGUCGACACGGUCGACGUUGCGAAAGGCGAUACCCCUUCCCUAGCCUUAGGGAAUGCCGACCCUCCGAAAGAUGAAGAAGAUAUUCCUCAGCUCGGAGUUGGACCAAUAAAGAAGAAGAGGAAACACAAAAAGAAGGCACCGCAGCCAGCAGCAAGCCACAAACGCUCAGCUGAAGACGCCGGACUGGAAUCUGCCGACCGAUUCCGUCUGGCAAGAGAAAAUGACAAAACGGAUCGGUUUGCCUUUGAGUAUUUCGGUGAUACUCCUUUGGUCACAAGUCGUGAUGCUUCAGGCGAACUUUUCCGAACCUUGAAGAUCUCUAGUCGAAUUCUUCCGUCAGCGGACGAACUGGAGUUCCAACAAGCGUUCCUUGACGUCGCCGAAUCCCACUUGAUGAUUGCCGCCAGGAUGAAUACGCUGACUCAAUUGUACGAUAGGCGAGUCAAAAGCGAUAAAAAGUCUGGAUUUGAGCUUGAAAAGGUGAAAGAAUGCGCGGAACAAAUCCGAGUUGCCAGCAAAGCUAAGGACGAGAGGAUCAAGGAGCUUGAAGCUCUUCUUGCUGAAAAGGACGGUAUCAUCGCCAAAUCCGAACUGAGGAUUGGCGAGCUGAAUUCCCGAGCGCUUAUUCUCAAAGGAGAGAAAUCCAAACUGCAGGGAGCAUGCAACGAGUUGAAAAUCAAACUCGACUUUGAGGUUAAAAGACUUCGGCGGGAUCGUUUGGAGAAGGUGGAGCGAACAGCAAAGAAGGCGCAGACUCGAUUGAAUAAAGUCAAGGCUUAUUUAGUCGAACAAGAGAAGAUUCGCCCCUUGGAAGACCUGUUAAACCAAGCUACCAGAGUGCAGGAAACUGUACAAUAUCUGAUCGAGAAGGGGGCCGUUAUUCCUGAGGAGCGAAUCGAGGAGAUUGAUAUGAACAAGGCCAAAGCCGAGGAAACUAUCCAAGCGAUCGACGUCCUCAAACUGAAUGAAGACGACCUCGUCAUGUCCCCUGAUCAGCUGGGCUACGGACUUCUGCAUCCCGGAACGAUGGCUCCGGACUCCGUCUACCAUCCGUAUGGCUCCAAUGCCGAGAGCUUCCAAGCCGAUUUGACCGCGUGGAAUCCCCUUUUAUCGGGAAUGGUGUCCCGACGUUCUCGAAUGCCAAAGCUAUUGAAAGGGGAUGGCCUACUACCCGAACAUCCGAGCUCCUUGGAUGCUGAUGUUCUGCGUAAAACCGGAAGAGAGACGUGA